GAUCUGCACCAACAUGGCGGCGUUCUGAGUUUACGAAGAGGAAAAAAAUAGCUAAUGUGUAAAUAAACCCAACUGUACAUUAUUUAGAGAGUAUAUUAGUCGUCUGAAGUGGUCGAGGUGUUGAUGAACUGUUGUACAGAGAGAAAUAAAAAAUGUCGAGUGACGGAAGUAAAAAACAAUUCUGGAAAAGGAACACAGCGAAGGUUCCUGGCAGUAUACAACACGUUUAUGGAGCCCAGCAUCCUCCUUUUGAUCCUCUCCUACAUGCUAAUUUGAUCAAAGCUGGAAACAAACCGCCUGUGACAAGCACGCCUGGAAAGCCGAAGAAAGCCACCACUUUCCAGGAGUUUGAGAGCAUCACGAGCGAUGCCUGGGACGUGGGCGACGACGACGAUGAGCUCCUCGCCAUGGCCGCCCAGAACCUCAACAUCGAGGUCGUGAUGGAGACUGCCAACAAGGUGAUCGAGAACCACAGCAAGCAGCAGGAGCGACGACAGCAGCAGCUCGAUGAACCUCCUGGACCUGAGGAGAAAGACAAAGAGGAGGGGCAUGACAAAGAUGAAGAAGAGAGGCUGGAGGAGGAGGAGACCACCACAGAGCUGUCCUUUAGCUCGGAGCGUCUCCACCACAGUGACAGCAGGCUGGUGAAGUCCCACAGUGAAGCACCUAUCGGAUCACCAAAGGAGAUGAGUGGCGAGCGGGCAGCACUGUACAGACAGCAGUCGCUCCCUCACAGGCCGGUCAUCCCCCUGGUGGCCCGCAUGGCUGAUCAGAACACUUCAGGAACUCCUGCCAUGACGGAGAGAGAGGCUUCCAGACUAGACAAGUUCAGACAGCUUCUGGCUGGACCUAAUACAGACCUCGAAGAGCUCCGGAAGUUGAGCUGGUCGGGAAUUCCACGGCAAGUGCGUCCCAUCACAUGGAAGCUUCUCUCAGGUUACCUGCCUGCCAAUGCCGAGCGCAGAGCCAGCACGCUGCAGAGAAAGAGGCAGGAAUACUUUGGUUUCAUCGAGCAGUACUACGACUCCCGCAACGACGAGCAUCACCAGGACACCUACAGACAGAUUUGCAUAGAUAUUCCCCGGAUGACUCUGGAGAUUUUCAGGCUCCAGCCGAAACUCAUUGAGAUUCACAUUGACAUACCGAGAACUAAUCCUCUUAUUCCUCUCUUUCAACAAGCUUCUGUGCAAGAGAUCUUUGAGCGGAUUCUUUUCAUCUGGGCCAUCCGGCAUCCCGCCAGCGGUUACGUACAGGGCAUCAACGAUCUCGUCACGCCCUUCUUCGUUGUCUACAUCUUUGAGUAUAUCGAGGAAGAGGUGGAAAAUUUCGAUGUUUCCAGCUUGCAGGAAGAGGUGCUGCGGAACAUCGAGGCUGACAGCUUCUGGUGCAUGAGCAAGCUGCUGGAUGGUAUUCAGGACAACUACACUUUUGCCCAGCCGGGGAUCCAGAGGAAAGUGAAGGCCCUGGAGGAACUGGUGAGCCGGAUCGAUGCCUGAGUGUCAGACUCAAUCAGUGCUGCAGUGGUUUGGCCUUUGCAGAGAGCACCGCUGCCCCGCUGGGGAAAAGCCGAAGUCACUGGAGCAUAAGCCCCGCUCAUUACUUUCUAUUAGAUGGCCAUAAUCAGAAUUGAAUGGCCACUUCUCAGAGACAGACCCUGCUCCUGCGCUUCAGCACCCGGGCCUGUCUGCUCAGCCUGCAUCGAGUUCACUGAUGCUUUUCAUUUUGGGAGAAAAUAAAACAGUUUUGAAUGCUUUCCCCCAUUCUCGCUUUGUUGGCGCUAUUUCUCUUUGCAUGUGUACGUAUAAGAGAGUGAGCAUUUUCCUCAGUUUUUUUUUGGAGUGGUGUGAUUUCCUUUCUGCGCCUUUUUUUUUAACACAGAAAAGAAGUUCUGUUUGUGUGUGCUGUAUUCAUUCCAAAAUUACCCUGUUUAUCAGUGAGAGAAUUUCUUUGGCGUUCAGAAAUGCUUGGCUGCAAAAGCAGAAGAUUCUCGAGCAGGAAGUAACCCUGUUACCGGCUGAACAGAUCUUUGGUUUGGGAAUGGUUAGCAUUUUAUUUAUUUAUUUUUUUUCCAAUGAGUAAUUAUCUUAAAAUUACUAUUGAGCACAUUCACAAGAAACAAGGAUGAAAAAUCAGACGUAAGGGGUUAAAAAUGGGUGAAGGUCAUGUUUGUUUGUUUUUGACCUGCUCUUACUUUGCUUCCAACGUUAAAUACUUGUUUGCUCUCACCCUUUAUUCAGUUUUUUCUUCUUUUUUUUUCCGAGCCAAUUCAGACUUGUCAGCCUCGACUCAGAGGCCCUGUAUAGCACUGUAUAAUUAGGCUAGUUUAAGGCCAUGUACAUCUUACACCAGUCUGAUGUGUUACUUAGAGCACACAGGCCUUUAUCAACUGCUACACAUAAGUAUGUUCCUCAAUUUAAUACAUACAUGCAACUUUUCUUUUAGUGAAAUAUAAAACAUAAUCUUUACGCAGCCUAUGCACAAUAACUGGAACGUUGCUCCUACACGACUUGUAUUGUUACAGCACUAAUUCUUCAAUAGCAUUAAUGGGAAUUAUUAUUAGUAAUAACAAUAAGUCAUUUAAAAAGUAACACGUAUUGUUUUGAAACUUAAUUCUGGCAUCAUAUGUAACCUAACAGCUGUUACGUAUAAAUCAACAGCUGUUCAUUUAUACGCUCGAAUAGUAGUGUAAUGUCGCUAGUGUACCUCUUGUGUAAUUAUACCAUGGUUGCUGUUGGUUUCAGUCUCGAACAGAUAUAAGCUGUGUCCAAAAUCGCGUACUGUGACAGUAGGUACUGCGUUAAAUUCAGAAUCUACUGCUCGGCCGUUGAUGCAGUAUGUACUGAUCAGUAUAUGUGUGUAAUAAGAAUACAAUCCGGACGUUUUCACGUGACCUAUGAUGUCAUAAUAACUGCAAAAACCUACAGCUCUUGUUUUAUACCUUCAACAAGUUAACAAUUUACUCAGGUGUUGUUAAGCAAGUACGGUUUAACCGACAAGAAACUAGGAACAAUGUUUAAUACCUAUAGCACUUACACUUAAAAAGAGAAGACACGCUGCCUUCCACCAUUUUUGAUUCUAACAGCUCUACCACGCCAGUCCCGUUGCAUUAUGGGAUAGUUUAGUGUCCAUUUGUUUCCUUGCUGCAGAAUCUUGGCAGAAGCAAUAGGUCAUCCAGGAAUUUCUCUCAUACCGUUUUAUGAAUACUGAGAAUUCGGACAAACUACUAGGGUAGUAGGGAUAUUGGACGCAGCCAUUACUUUGUUUUACAGUCACGUAAAACAAAGGGAUCCUCUCUACAUGCUGUGUUGUAAUUCAGCUUAUGAGAGGUUUACCACACUUGCUUGGUUUAGUCUGGGGACAUGGUUUGUUGAAACUGGAUGCUUUAUGUGAUGUGCCAGCAUUGCUGGUGUUAAACCAUGAAACGCCAUUGUAAAUGUCCAGCUGCUGGACUGCGCGAGGUCAUUCAUCCAGGACAGGAGUCACUUUUCAUGUAAAUCUUUCCCAGUCUGGUCCUAGCUUACUGACAGUCUUGUGAAACAUAAUGUGUUACAACGUGUCAAGUAAAACACAAUGCUGCAUGCUGUUAUAGGAAAAUAAUCGAAGACCCAGCGGUGUGAGUGAGCAGCCAGACUGAAACAGAGCUGCUGGUAUCAUCCAUGUAAUUAUAUAUUUUACUAUAAGUUUUCUUCCUCUUAAGCCACAGCAAUUUCCAGCUAUUCAAAUGUAUAAUUUAUUGUUAAACGACGCAUCAUAUUUUUAAACUCGUUUUAUACUUACAUUUAUUGUUAUGGAACGUCCGCACGAUAAGUGACUCCCUGUUAUCGCUGUAUAUGAGCUCUGAACAGUCAUUUCCUCACCAGGCUUCUUCGAGGGCAGUGUUGAAGUUCACUCGUCAGCACUCCCUUUAUUUUCCUCAUCUUUUCCUUUAGCCACGUUAUUUGAUCUCCUCUAAUCAAAUCUAAUUUGACUGAGUCAAAUUGGGUGGGGAUUUCUGGUCCUCAUCGGAUAAUCAUUCCACUUGAUUCAGUCCUGCGAGUCGGAGAACUGUGGUACCUUACAUAUCGACUAUGUUCACUCACUCCAGAGAGAAUUCCAGCAGGUCUGGCUUGUGUUGUCCUGCACAGAGUAAGAUUCUUUCCUUGUCGCUCCUGCUUUCCUGCAGAGCUGUAGACAUUCAGAGAGAAGUUAAUGGAGUGAGGUCAAAAGGCACUUAUCCUUGUAGUUGUGCCUGUAAGCAUUUGCUCCUCUGUCUCCCUCCAGCUCUCCUUCCCUUCAUCCCAUCAUACAUCCGUCCAUUCUCGCCCAAGGCACUAUCCUGCACUUUGUGUGGUGCCUCUGCAGCACAAAGCACACUUUGUCUAGGUCGAGACUGAGUGUCUGUUUCUCAGCGGAAUCCUUCUUUUGGCUUUUGGACUUUUAAUAAGCCCAGUGGAUGGAUUAGUCGCUCAUUAUUUCCAAAUUGCUCCAUUGUGUAACGGCAGCCACUUUAAUCAGGCUUCACAUCUCACUCUGUGCUGUCGUAAAGUUCGGUGGAAAUCAAUCAAGCAGUCAUGUUUUUCCUUUUUCCCCCCUCAACUUCAAACUUUUUCACAAAGGGAUGGUCUCUAGUGGGGGUAGAUGCACUGGUUCCACCAGCUCUAAUGAAGCAGGGGCUAACAGCCUGAGGCUUUCUGAACUCGUUGAGGCCCUGAGUCUCUGAUUACGGUCAGUGCUCGAAGCCCUUCAUGUGCAAGCACACUUGGUUCAGACAUCCACAUCCAUCACCAUAUGCCUGUGUUCUGUCAGGUGAAGGUGGAGCAUGUUGGUCGAGCCCGACAUGGCAACCAUGGCCCAUGGGAACCUGUGGGAUGUCACAAACGUCAACACAAGGGUCCAUAAUAUCCCCUUUCCUGCCUUGCAACUCUUUCCUUCAGUAUGUUCCACCUCUCUCACUGAACACUAACACACACAGCUGUUCAGCCACAGAUGCAUGGUUCACAUGCUGACGCCACACUUUCUAAUGGCCCUGCACCUGCCUCUGAGUGAAAGGAAAUGCAGUCAGGUGUUUUGGUGCAGUAAAAUGAAAACCUAACCGACUUCCCAGACUCUUGUUGCACCACAUUUGGGACCAUCCAAUUCCCAACUUUAUGCUGAUGAAGAAGUUAGGUCAAUUGAAGCCAUUGGGAAAUGUUGAAAUAAGCAUGUCAUCAGUAUUCUUGUUCAUCUUCCUCCUCCUCUGCUCUAAGUAGCUCGGAAAUGAACCCCUCCCUACGCCACCUAGAUCGCUAUGGUGUCAUCAUUGGUGCAUUAUUACAUUGUUCUCUUUUCUAACGGUAUAUCUAACUGCAUAUCAGGACACUUAAGCUGUGCAAUUAUGCACAGUCGAUUUCUUGUGUACACUGCGUGCAGGUUUUGUCUGAGAGGUGCUUGAACAGAAUUUAUAUUACAAAAUGGCAGUGAUUACUAUGCACGUAAAUUGCAUCCAUUUGCGCACUACUUCUACAUCUUGAGAGCAGUUUCUGCUUUUUUUUUUAUGAAUCAUUUUCCAGCUAUCAGACUUUUGCCUUGAUUGUGGUAAAACUGAGCUUACUUUCCAAGCAAGAGCAACAAAAAGAAAAAAAAGCAUUCUGAAAAAGAGAAAUUUAUAGACUUGUUUUCCAGUCAUGGACUACACUUGGAAUAUAUGAAAAUGUUCUGGAAAUAUAAGUGGUUUCUAAACCACUGAGAUUACUUGAUUUUAUUUAUUUUUAUUUAUUUUUAAAUAUAUAAAUUUCUGUU